UGCGCGGCCACGGCGGUGUGCGUGAAAGCGGACGCGCGCCGCGGCGGCGGCGGCGGCGGCCGAGGGGGCGGUGGCUACGAGGUGGGUGCGGAGCGGGCGGAAGAGGCGUCCGUGCGGGCCGUGAGGUCGCAGAGGAACAUCGUGGGGAUCAACGACUAUCACCUGUUUUACAAGAUGAGUAACAGCCACCCUCUUCGCCCCUUUACUGCAGUGGGGGAGAUUGACCAUGUGCACAUUUUGUCUGAACAUAUUGGUGCCUUGUUGAUUGGGGAAGAAUAUGGCGACGUCACAUUUGUUGUGGAAAAGAAACGUUUUCCUGCCCACAGGGUAAUUUUAGCAGCAAGGUGCCAAUAUUUUCGAGCAUUACUGUAUGGUGGAAUGCGAGAAUCUCAGCCUGAAGCCGAAAUCCCUCUUCAAGACACCACUGCAGAAGCAUUCACAAUGCUGCUUAAAUACAUCUACACUGGGCGGGCGACGCUGACAGAUGAGAAGGAGGAGGUGCUGCUGGACUUUUUGAGCCUGGCUCAUAAAUACGGAUUUCCGGAGCUGGAGGAUUCCACCUCUGAGUACCUCUGCACCAUACUUAACAUUCAGAACGUCUGUAUGACUUUUGAUGUUGCCAGUCUCUACUCACUUCCCAAGUUAACUUGCAUGUGCUGCAUGUUUAUGGACAGAAAUGCUCAGGAGGUACUCUCAAGCGAAGGCUUCCUCUCCCUUUCUAAGACAGCACUUUUAAACAUCGUAUUAAGAGAUUCAUUUGCAGCUCCUGAAAAAGAUAUUUUCCUAGCCUUGUUAAAUUGGUGUAAGCAUAAUUCAAAUGAGAAUCAUGCUGAAAUCAUGCAGGCUGUGCGUUUGCCUCUGAUGAGCCUCACUGAACUUCUGAAUGUCGUGAGGCCUUCGGGACUGUUGUCUCCUGAUGCCAUCCUGGAUGCUAUUAAAGUUCGAUCAGAGAGCCGGGACAUGGACCUCAAUUAUAGAGGCAUGCUCAUACCAGAAGAAAACAUUGCAACUAUGAAGUAUGGAGCCCAGGUUGUGAAAGGGGAGCUGAAGUCUGCCUUAUUAGAUGGUGACACUCAGAAUUAUGAUUUGGAUCAUGGAUUUUCUAGGCACCCAAUUGAUGAUGACUGUCGUUCUGGCAUUGAGAUUAAGCUAGGUCAGCCGUCCAUUAUCAAUCAUAUACGGAUCCUCCUGUGGGACCGAGAUAGCCGGUCUUAUUCAUACUUCAUUGAAGUGUCAAUGGAUGAACUUGACUGGAUCAGAGUGAUUGAUCAUUCGCAGUAUUUGUGUCGUUCCUGGCAAAAGUUAUAUUUUCCAGCCCGUGUCUGCAGUUUUACUCCAUGCCCUGGGAGAUAUGACCACAGAUACCUCCUGAGGUAUAGCUCACAGCAUUGCCAGCACCGGGACUUUGGUUUUUCUCCCCCAGAAAAAUUUUCAAAGUUUUUCAAACAAAAGGCGUUGCUAUAUAACCUGAAAAUAAAAGCUCCGCACCCCUGCUCACCACCAUUUUCUAGUCCAGAGAAGAUGAUGGUCUCUCUUCCAUUCACCUCGGAUACUUCUUACUUGCUGUAUAUUCGAAUAGUUGGGACUCACAACACAGUGAAUAAGAUUUUUCACAUUGUGGCUUUUGAAUGUAUGUUUACAAACAAAACCUUCACUCUGGAGAAGGGGCUGAUAGUUCCCAUGGAGAAUGUCGCAACAAUCGCCGAUUGUGCCAGUGUGAUUGAAGGAGUCAGUCGGAGCCGAAAUGCCUUGCUGAAUGGGGACACUAAGAACUAUGACUGGGAUUCUGGUUAUACGUGUCAUCAGCUAGGAAGUGGUGCGAUUGUGGUUCAGCUGGCACAGCCCUACAUGAUCGGGUCAAUACGGUUAUUGCUGUGGGACUGUGACGACCGGAGCUACAGCUACUAUGUUGAGGUUUCCACCAACCAGCAGCAGUGGACCAUGGUGGCCGACAGAACCAAAGUCUCCUGCAAGUCCUGGCAGUCGGUAACUUUUGAAAGACGCCCAGCAUCCUUCAUCCGAAUCGUUGGAACACACAACACAGCAAACGAGGGAAGAGCAUCCACCAGGGGCUCCCUGCAGGCCAGCCUCCGCCCCUUCUCCUUUCCUAGGACGGGUUCUCAGCCACCCACCCUGACCCCUGGUGCCUGGACCCACGCAGCCUCCUCAGCCUGCCGUGUGACCACUGCCACUCCCAGUGGGACCCCCACACAUUUGUGAGGAGAGUCAGGAUCUGGUGUGGGUCCCCUGUGCUAAUCACAGGAUGGGGGGCCCUGGGUGCCCUGAGGGUCUGCCCUGACCUGACGGUGUCCCCUGAGCUGGAGCGAGCACAGCAUCAAAUAGCAGAUGAAAACCCUGGGGCACGUCAGGAGAGACCCUGGGAGAAAAGGAAAAGCUUUCUCUCUGCCUUCUGAAGGAGAGACGCUACAUUUCCAUUUUUCACUGAGCCCCACACAUUACACAGUGGGCCCUGGAUCGUGCGUUAUUUGUCAGAUGAGAGUUCUCCAGGGCACAUCAAGGUGCUUCUGGUUCUUUGAAAAGCAUUUUAAGCAGUGAAAAUAUUGUGAUAACGUAUAUUCAUUUUGCCUUUGUAUUUAUUUAGAAUAAAAAUGAUACACGCCCACAAUAUAUUUCUUGCAGAGAAGAGCUUAGAAACAGAAGCCUGAAACUUUUGCUUACCUUUUUAUUUCAAAACAAACCUGAAAAUUAUAAAAUAAAGAAAGCCAUUGAUAGUUUUUAAAGCACAAAAUUAAAGAAUUCUAAACAUCAGGUCAUAAAAACACUUUUUUAUUCUUUGAAGAUGUAACAGAAGUAUAAAUUUGAAUCUGUAUUUUAAUAGAUAUUUGAGCCCCAAACAAAACAUCAUAGUUUUAAAAUUUUACCAAUAAUUCUCAAUUUUUCUAACCACUUAAAUUACAUCUAUAUUACUAAAUUAGAAAACAAUUCGAACGUAUCUUUACUUAAUAGUAUAUGAAGCUAAAAUUAAAUAUUUUUAUUUGCAAUCCCUUGUUUCUUAUAUAAUGCAUUUUUUUUUAAGCCAUUUUAUUUUCUUUAGUUCCUGAAUGGGACUUUGUAAUUGUCAUUUAACAGUAGAAGGAAUUCUUAAGUCAGAGAAGGCUGAGAAGCACUGGAGCAAGUCAGGUCAGGGUCUUCUUCCAGGUCUUGACCCCCAGGCCCUCACUUCAGUGACCAGAGGAAUAAUUUCCCCUUACAGAACUAAAAAGCUGGCAUGCCAGAUCUCUCCCCAGUUAGUUUACAAAAAUAUCUGCAAGGAGCCCCAGCCACUUGGGACCUGCCAGUUUGGAGACUGGAGUCCCCAGUUUGAAUGGGUUGACUUAGGUCACUAAUUAGCUGGUGACCCCGUCAUAUCUAGCUGAUGAGCAACUUGCUCAGCUGCUUUAUCAAGUGAGUUAUUGAUCAGGAAGGAAAACCUCAGUGUGGUGUUGCCAACCUGGGAACAUCUCAAAUCAUAAAAUAAACAAUGACCGGGAUCACAAGGCAAGAUCCAUAAGCUGUGUCAUUCUCAGAGCAAACAAGAAGGCACAAGAGUUGAUUUCAUGGAGUAUCGGGGAUGUAGCACGGCCUCAAAGAGAACGUUCUUUAUUGCAGCAUACCAGUUCUGGGCGUCAUAUCCCCCUUCUUGGAGAUGGGCAGGAUGUGUGCAGAGGCAGAGGAGUGAGGGAAGGAGGGUGCCUGGGGUGGGUCGGUCAGGACUCCUGGGGGAACUGUGAUGGCACAGCCAGCAGGGAAAGCAGGCAGGGGGUCCAGGACAAGCCUGGUCCCGAGUCCCAUGUAGCCAGAACCACGCCAUGGAAGAUGGGUCAGGACGCCUCUUCCUUACAGUGGAGGACGGGGUGGAAGGCAGGCCAGGAUUCUUCAGUCUGUCCUGGCUUAUCUGCCAAGGGGCAUCAGUAGCCUGCAUUGACUCAGAGCCAGGACCUGUUUCCCUUUAGAUAGUGAAUGUUACCAGCCCACAGACUGUGCGAAUUUCAAGAAGUGUAGAUGGAGUUGGUUUCUAUCAUGAGAGGUAAGAUGGUGUGUGCAGAUAGGGAAAGAAGUGUGCCAGUUCUCCCAGGUAAGACUGUUUGCUGCAGGCACUGCCCCAUGCGGACAGGGUGUCAGAGCAGAGCCAGGUGGGGAAGUGCGACUUGGCACCCCUGUGAGUUGAAGAGCAUUCGGCAGGAGGGCAGGCUGUCUGGGCAAAGGUGGGAAGGUGGCGCGUGUACGUGGCUGUAACUGCUGGCAACUCUGGGGAUGUGGCAACAGGAAGGGUCCAGAGCUAAAGUCCUUGGGGAUUUCUUGCCUGACGUGGUCACGUGUCUGUGUCGCUCUAGUCAGCCUGUCCUCCCCGCACCAGGCUAGACAUCUGGCCGCAGGCUAAUCCCCGCCCCGCUCCCCUGCCCCCAACCCCUCCACCAGGGCCAGCUCUUGGGUGAUGACCACCAGGCAGGCUACGGGCAUUCAGAUUUCUUGGUCACCUGUCCGGGCACGCUUCUGAUUUCCUCGGCAUUUCAUGCCUCUCCUUUGGGAAGCGCGUGUCUGCUGUUGGCAUCUGUCUCUCAUCUUCCUUUGUGAGCACCAGGCAAUGAAUUCAUUUAAUUUUUUAGCUACAUUUACGACUUCUAUCAAUAAAUUCCCUUAAUGUUUACCUGUCGAAGACAGUGCCACUUGGCUCCAGUGACCUCCUGCUUCUUGUCUGCUCAGCAUUUCCUUGUCGUCUAUCUCAACUUCUCAGAACGUUUUUCCUUUCAUUGCCCACCAGGGAGCCUAUCAUCCUACCCCUCCUCCUUGGCUCUGCCCCUAGACGCGCCCCUCCCUCUGCCACUCGGAGGGGAGGCGGCUUUCCCAUCCUCCUCUCACGCUCAGCACUAGACGACAGGCACAUGUCGGUUUGUCUGUCAGCGAGUCCCUCCCCUCCCAACCUGCUCUCCUUCAGUUAUUUUCAUUCAUCUGAUUUUCCCUGAUGCCUAGAGCCGAAAAGGUCUCUCUGGCUUUUUCCUCCAUCACUUUCUACUGGUCUAGUCGCCAGUGCAGCUGCGAGGUCCUUCCAGCCCACCUGCCUUGACUGCUGCCUGACUCUGAGCUACUUGGGAGGCAGACGUGGCUCUCCUGCCUGCAGGAGGUUAGAAACGGCCUUGUGGACAGGACCACAAACAUCCUGGAGGAUCUGAAGUUUCCACUCAUACCCACACAGCAGCCGUGCUGGUUCUGAUGCGGCGUCUCUCACAAACCUUUCAUUCGCAUUCAGCUAGUCACCGCAGAAGAGCAGCAAAGGCACGCUGCUUCGUCCUUAAGGAGGUGUCAGUCUGUCAGCCUGUUUCUUCUUAUGCCUGUUUCGCUUAUGCCCGUUUCUUAUUUUGGCUUUGAUGAAGCCUGGUUGGAGAGCAGGUUGUGGAGUGAUUUUUCAGGAGGUAGGGACCUCAGGGGCACAAGCAGUCCCACGGGCUAGAAAGGACUUAUAGGAAAAGCUUCCUUUCCGCAAUAUGGAACGAUCAAGUUCCUGCUCACAAGAACCAACAGGAAAGAAAGCCUUUGCCGAGUCAGUAACAGAGAGUGAGGAUGGGGUGGACAGUCUGUAGGCAGCUGUCAGGGCUCCAGUUAUGUGUUGAACUUAUGUAGCUGAGGAAAGAGGCAGUGUAGUAAUUUUUUGUCUCAUGUCCUGGCCCUAACUUGGGCCCGGCACAUGUGCGCACAGAGUACCUGCUUCCUGAGUUAGCGGAUGAAUGAUUCAGUCUGUCCGUCCAUCGCUCCCUCUCCCCAUCAGGUAGCCAAAUAAAGGAAAAGAUUCAGUGAAACAACUUCUCAUCCCCGCAGUCCUUGGGGAUGAACAUCACAGCGUGUCCAAAGAUAGAAGCCAGCACAGAAGAAUCCAUGUAGUGGGGUUACAUUCAUACAAAUGUCAGAAACUAAGCUAUGACAU